CGUCGAUCUUUUCGUCCCGUGUUGUUUCCGGUUUGUCGUCGCUGUUUCCGGUCCGGCUCUCUUCUCCCUCCGUCCCCGUGCCUUCAUUGCUAAGCGGUCCACGUGAGGAGUCCAUUCAGGGUUUUAAUCUGACUUUUCCCGUUUCAAGGUUCGGAAGAAAUGGCGUCGUCUUUUGAACAGAUGAGGGCGAACGUGGGGAAACUCCUGCGAGGAAUCGACAGGUACAACCCGGAGAACCUGGCGACGCUGGAGCGCUACGUGGAGACGCAAGCCAGAGAGAACGCCUACGACCUGGAGGCAAACCUGGCCGUCCUCAAGCUGUACCAGUUUAAUCCAGCGUACUUCCAGACGAACGUCACGUCACAGAUCCUGCUGAAGGCGCUGACCAACCUGCCACACACCGACUUCACGCUCUGCAAGUGCAUGAUCGACCAGACACACCAGCAAGAGGAACGCCCCAUCAGGCAGAUCCUGUACCUGGGGAACCUGCUGGAGACGUGCCACUUCCAGAGCUUCUGGACGAGUCUGGAGGAGAACAGAGAGCUGAUCGACGGGAUCACUGGCUUCGAGGACUCCGUUCGUAAGUUCAUCUGCCACGUGGUGGGCAUCACCUACCAGACCAUCGAGCACCGGCUGCUGGCCGAGAUGCUGGGAGACCCUCUGGACACGCAGGUGAAGGUCUGGAUGAACAAAUACGGCUGGACGGAGAACGAAGACGGACAGAUCUUCAUCUUCAACCAGGAGGAGAGCGUCAAGCCCAAGAACAUCGUGGAGAAGAUCGACUUUGAGAGUGUCUCCAGCAUCAUGGCCACGUCUCAGUGAUACACACACACACACACACACACACACACACACACACACACACACACACACACACACGGACACGGACACACACGGACCCAUCCUGACACAGAACACACACACAGGUCAUGUUUUUCCAUCAUCACUCUUUUCUCAAUAAAGUGUAAUUUAUCAUUUCCA